ACAUUCAUAACGACACAUUCAUCGCCGAUCACGAAACCUUUUAGCCGUGUCGUUGAGCGCUGUCGCCGAGGAAAAGCCAUCUUACUUCAAAUUAAAUCCGUUUGUAACCUUUAAAACAACAACGAAGGGCUCAGUGAUUAUAGAGGUUUUGCACCAUUACGUGUGGGYACCCAAAAUAUUGCUUGGACUGCCUGAGUCAAAAUGUCGAUGUCAGGAAUCAAGGUGGAUGCUGAAGCAACUGAAUUAUUCAAUAACAUAAAGAUGAAGAAAGCACAUAAGUUUGCUUUUUUCAAGAUCUCUGAUGACGGCAAGAAAAUAGUGAUUGAUAAGACAGGGGAAGCAGUAAAAACUGAGAAUCUGGAAGAUGAUGCUGCACAGUGGGAGGAAAUGAAAAAAUGUCUGGUAGCAGAUGAACCUCGUUAUGUUAUCUAUGACUUUAGGUUUAAGAAAAAAGAUGGUGGAAUUUGUGAAAAAAUGGGCUUUUUCUUAUGGUGUAAUGAUGACAAGUGCCUAGUAAAGAAAAAGAUGAUGUAUGCCGCAACCAAAGAAGCAGUCAAAAAAGCUUUUAAAGGGUUUCACUAUGAAAUACAAGCAACUGAAAUGGAUGACCUUGACUAUUCAACACAUCAGGCAGCAGUUGAAAAGCUCCGUUGAUUCGAGUUUUGUUGUUUCAAGAAUCUCAAAUAUGAGAAUAUAAUUGAGCUAAAAAAUCCAUCGUCUUAGGAAACACAUUUUUUGCACUGUUUUAUGAAACUGUUUUAGGUGACUUCAUUUUUCAUUUCUUUCUUUUGCUUUUCCAAUAGUAUUGGCUGCCAUAUUUUUAUAUAUUUUUCUGUAUAACUAUGCCCUUGGGAUCAUCGAGGUUUGCAGAAAAAAAGCCAAAAAAAUUGAUUAUAAUUAUUUUGCUUAGUUUGUUAUUAAAUAAUCUUUAUCAUAAAAGUA